AUGUCGCUUAUGGGUCUUCCCAAUGAGCUAUUGCUCGACAUCGCCGAAUUUAUUGAGGCCGAGAAAGAUCUUAGCUCGUUCGUCCGCACCUGUGUUCGCGUUAAUAACGUUAUUUCUGGAUAUCUCUAUCUCAACAAUGUCCGGAAGCAUAAUAAUUCGGCACUACACUGGGCAUCUAGUUUUGGUAUGAUCGAAACAGCUAGAAAGUCGAUCUCCCAAGGCGGCGAUGUCAACGAGACGUUCGAUGGGACUCGCUACAAGGUCCCUCUACGAGCAAGAGGUGCCGGCAAUCAAUCCCCAACGGCCGACGCCGGUCAGAACGGCAACGUGGUCUAUGACAGUUUUCAGAGUAUGAUGGAGUUAUUGCUAUUUUGCAAAAAGAGUACCCCGUUGAUACAGGCAGUGUUGCGGAUGGAUUGCAACUUCAUCAAGUUUAUCUUGGAAGCAGGCGCUGAUCCCAACGUCAAAGCUCACGACGGCUACACAGGGCUUCUGCUGCUCACACGAUGGCAACCUAAUCUGACCGCACUGAAGCUGUUGCUGGAGCAUGGAGCAGAUCCUAAUCUCACGUCUAAUUAUCGUACAUCGCCUAUUGAGCUUGCUGUGUCCGAUAAUCACGAAGAUAUUGUUAGGUUGCUGUUGGAGUAUGGCGCUGAUAAACACUUUGUUGACGCUCGGGGUAUGACGCCGCUGGAGAUAGCUAUGAAACGGGGCCACAACAAGAUUGCUGAUAUGCUACGGGAUUGA